AUGGAAGGUAACGGGUCGAUCGACAUGUUCUCAGAGGUCCUAGAGAACCAGUUCCUCUAGGCUGCUAAGCUCGUGGAAAGUCACUUGGACUCUGAAAUUCAGAAACUGGAUCAGAUCGGUGAAGAUGAGCUCGAACUCCUCAAAGAAAAAAGGCUGGCAGCACUCAGGAAGGCUCAGCAGCAGAAACAAGAAUGGCUCUCUAAAGGACAUGGGGAGUACAGAGAAAUUGCCAGUGAGAGAGACUUUUUUCAAGAAGUCAAGGAGAGUGAAAAGGUGGUUUGUCAUUUCUACAGAGACACCACAUUCAGGUGUAAAAUACUAGACAGACAUUUGGCAAUUCUGGCCAAAAAACAUCUGGAAACCAAGUUUUUGAAGCUAAAUGUGGAAAAGGCACCAUUCCUCUGCGAGAGACUUCGGAUCAAAGUCAUCCCCACACUAGUGCUCCCGAGAGACGGCAAGACACAAGACUAUGUUGUGGGAUUCACCGACCUAGGAAAUACAGAUGACUUCACUACGGACACGUUGGAGUGGAGACUUUGUUGUUCUGACGUUAUCAAUUACAGUGGAAAUUUAAUGGAGCCACCAUUUCAGAGCCAAAAGAAAUUUGGGACAAACUUCACAAAGCUGGAAAAGAAAACUAUCCGAGGAAAGAAAUACGAUUCUGAUUCUGAUGAUGACUAGACUGCGCUGU